AGGAGAAAAAGGGGAAGAAAAGAGGGAAAGAAGGGAAAGUAUCCAAGCUCGGGAUUUUAUCCUCUGGAAAUUCCUCUCUCAAAAAUCAGAAAAUGGCAUCGACCAGUGCAGUGGCUGGCCGAGUCCCGAACCUAAACGGGCUUAGUGACUGGAAAAAGCCUAACCUUUCAUCGUUUACUCUUGGCAACCUAAGCUUAAAUGCAAAUCCAGUUGGUAAGCCCCGUAAAUCUCUGUCUGGCAAUUGGAAAUCCAGACAUAGCAGUAGAUCUCUCUCUGUACAUGGUUUAUUUGGAGGAAAGAAGGACCAUAAUGAAAAGAGUGAUGAUGCACCAUCAAAGGCAGGAAUUCUUGGAAACAUGCAGAAUUUAUAUGAGACUGUGAAGAAGGCGCAGAUGGUUGUCCAAGUUGAAGCAGUUAGGGUUCAAAAAGAACUUGCUGCAGCAGAGUUUGAUGGUUACUGUGAAGGUGAGCUUAUUAAGGUAACUCUAUCUGGAAACCAACAGCCUGUACGUACUGAGAUCACUGAGGCUGCAAUGGAAUUAGGUCCAGAAAAGCUUUCACUUUUAGUUAAUGAGGCAUACAAGGACGCACACCAAAAAAGUGUCCAGGCCAUGAAAGAAAGGAUGAGUGAUCUUGCCCAAAGCUUAGGAAUGCCGCCAGGGGUGGGUGAGGGAUUAAAGUAAGGUGUAUUUCUCUUGUACUGAUCUCUAAGUGAGCUUAAAUUUUGCAAUUGAGCCAGUUACAAGUGCUCAUUGUAGUGUGACAUGAAAUUUACUGUCUUGCUUAUCUCAGUGAUUGUUUAGAUUUAAUGAGUGAAAAUAUUUGGAACUUGUUAUCUUUGUUAUUAUUUCUAUAAGAAAACUGGUUGCUAAA